GUACACGGACUGCGGGUGUUAAAUUGUGUAGCAAACUCAGACCCUAUGGCUGGAGCAGGGGCCAGGCUUGUGUCACCUGGCAUGUACACAGGUACCGACUUCACAGCGUGCAUCAAGUUCCAGUUCAAGAGGCUGGCCAGAACCAACGUUGUGAUGAGGAUAGACAGUGGCAUUAUAAGGCCACUGCUUCAGUUGGGUGAGAAUGCCAUUUAUGCAAGGGUUGAACUUACGUACACUUUAAGGACUGCUUGAAUAUAUUGUUUCAUCCUAUUUUCUAACCAUGGUUGUACAGUAUAGUUAAAUCUCUCUCUCUCUCUCUCUCUCUCUCUCUCUCUCUCUCUCUCUCUCUCUCUCUCUCUCAGAAGUGAGAGCGGAGACGCUCCGCGUUGCAUUUGCCUAUCAGUUCCGCUUCUUGCCUGUACUUGACCCUUGGCUGCGGCCUCAUCGCUGGUACUUGACUUGUAUUACUCACAACAACAAGGAUAAUUUAAUUACCGCAUAUCUAGACGGCAAGACAGUCGGAGAGGUUGAACUGACAAAGACUGACCCAAAGUGGGCUAGCGAACUCACUGUGGGCUACAUGGACCCAUCGUGGUAUCCUGGCAUUUCCUUUAUCGGAAACGUGACUCAAUUUAAUCUUUGGAAUCGUACCUUGACCUUCGAGGAGUUACUGGCACUAGGGAAAUGCCAGGAAGCGCAAGAGGGUAACGCGAUAGCUUGGAGUCGUGCUGAGUGGGAAGUAAAUAAGGUUAUAGAAUACAAUGUUGAUCCUCAAGAUUUGUGUUAUCGUGAUCCACCGCUCACCUUCCAAGUGUUCAAGGCCAUGGGAUAUUCCGAAGGUUCUUAUUUGUGUAAAGCUAUUGGAGGAGUUUUAAGGACACCUCCUACUAUUGACGAGGUAGCAAGAACUUAUCUCAUGACACAGGAGUCUCGGCCACACUGCCCACUCUUGUGGGCAGGAGUAACGGACCGAGACCUGGAAGGUAACUGGACGUUUAGCCAUAAUGGAAUGCCUGCUGACGACUUGCCUUGGGCCUUUGAUGAGCCAAAUGGCAUUAUUUAUGAGAACUGUGGCGGCAUGGACGUGGACGGCUUGAUAGACGACGGAUGCACAUCGAAGAGAUGCGUGCCGUGCAACGUAGCGGAAGAGGUGAGUUUCACGUUGCGCGGAUCGUGUGAAGAAUUCGCUCACAAUACGAAUUACAUGAUGAAGACUGAAAAAGACAACAGGGUGUUUAUUGGUUAUGGUGACUUCCUUAUCUACCAUAAUGGGAGUCGCUGGUUGUGGAUGAACAACGUCACCAAUGCAUUUAUAGCCGAGAUGGUGCCUGCGCAUUAUGACUACCCAGUAGGAAGGCAACAAUGGCUACUACACUAUCCUGUGUGUGGCAAGAAACCAGGCACUAUACGGCCUUUUUUGCUCACUGUUUGUGAAAACGGACAGUUCACCUGUGACGAUGGCACGUGCGUGGCCUUGUACCAACGAUGUAACUUGCAGUAUGAUUGUCAGGACAACAGUGACGAAGCGCAGUACCGCAUGAUUCGUCUGCCUUUGGACUACAAGAGUACAACGGCCCCGAGUCCCGAAAACGGAGAUGCAGGACCACUUAGAGUGAAGACAGAGGUGACACUUGAGAACAUCCAAGUAGAUACUCCUAAUAUGGUGCUCAAAGUAGGCUUCAAUUUUUCAUUUUCUUGGAUGGAAUCUCGUGUCGUCUACAUCAACCUGAAGGCCGACUUAGGACUAAACCAGGUGGACAGCAACCCGACGGGGUUGUGGUACCCUCAGGUGACCUUUACUAACUCAGUGGAAAACGAAAUCACCGUCAUCGACAAGCACACUCGCACAAACGUUCUCAGGCACACUAGGAACAUCGGCAGUGAUCCUUCCCUCGCCCAGGAAGUGCUGCUGUACCCAGGGUGGGGCAACCCACUUGUCAGUUACCGCAAAUACCUCAUCUCCUUCACGUGCGACUUCGACCUCACCAGGUACCCCUUUGAUCACCAGAGUUGCCUCCUGCUCUUCAAGCUCUCCUCCGCCGCCCGUGACAACAUCAGGUGGGAUAGAGAAACCAGCUGGGUGAGGUACAAAGGAAGCCACCUGCUGCUGGAAUACACGGUGGGCGAGGUCACCAUCGUCAGUGACAGCAGUGAUGAUGAGAACGGCAUUCUUAAGGUACGCGUCCCUCUUUCCCGUCGCUUCGGGUACGCGAUCAUUAACAUCUAUCUGCCCUCGCUCAUCAUGGCCAUCGUGGGAUACUUGACCCUCUUCUUCCUCACAGAUAACUUUGAGGUGCCGGUGAUGACAUCCCUCACUACGCUUCUCGUCCUCGCUACCAUCUCCAAUCAGGUGGCCACAUCUCUCCCAAAAUCAUCUAAUUUCAAGCUUGUGGACGUGUGGCUCCUUUUUUGCAUCUCCUCAAACUUCCUCAUAAUCGUCUUUCACAUCAUCAUAGACCUCCUUCAGUUCGCGGAGGCCCAGGAGUCAGGAAGAGGGGACGUCGCGAUGGUGUCUAGGAUCGGGCAAAUGACACAAAGCAACACACACACUCCCGUCACUAAAGACCUGCUGCGGCCCUCCAAGGCUAUUCAACGUUUCCGUAGUUUUCCUUAUACAAAUACCAGAUUCGGGUGGCCGCCGAAGGGCAAGGACAUUCUUUCAGUUGCAGCCAAGGGAAGGAUGAGGCCAAAGAUUCGUCUGACUAUGGUAGGGAUGAAAAAAUUUGGACGGAUCUUCGUGGCGUUCGUGUUUGUGGUAUUCAACGUCACCUAUUGGCUGGCGGCUUACACUACGCUCUAGGUUUCUUCGACAAGUUGAUUUUUCACUGCAUGAGUACUUCACUUGGUUUAUCACUGCAUUCAUUCCGUUUUCAGUGUUUUUGUCUCCUUUAAAUUUUGUGAUCAGUCCGGCGUUUUCUUAUUGCAUGUAGAUAAGUACUUAGAAUACUUAGAAUGCAAGGCAAGGAAAGAGAAGUAUCAUAAGGUGGAACAGCAUCGUAUAUUGUUUCGUAAUACCAAUGCUAUGGAAAAUAGAUAGAUAAAUAAAUAAAUACAAAUUAAUUGACUGCUAUAAAUUUGGACCAUAACGAGGUCAUGGGACGCACAAUAGCACGGCGUAACGUAAGUUUAUCUGCUAUUUCAAACAUGACCAAGGAAGAAGAUAUAAAACAUGUAUGGCUUGAAUUCGUUCUUUAUUUUGAGUAUAUGAAAGUUUUAGUAUUCUUCCAAUCACA